UUAUUUAGGGAAGAACUACAAGCGAGUUUGUCGAAAUAUCUAUAUAUAAGGUCUCAGUGUUAUGCAGAAUCAUUGACCAUGAACAAGAUGAAGAAGAAACGGCCUGAGCGGAUCCUGAAUCACAUCCUAGAGAUUCUCUACCUGCUGACGGGAGAGCAUGUGACUAUCUCACUGUCCGCGAGUGACAUGACCGAGGACCAGGGGAAAAUAGAGAAGAUACUAACCCACACCCUGCAGAUCAUGAGCCUGCUGACAGGGGAGGUGCCUAUAAAGUGUGAUGAUGUUGCUGUGUAUUUCUCUAUGGAGGAGUGGGAGUAUAUAGAGGGACACAAGGAGCUUUACAAGGACGUCAUGAUGGAGUCUCACCAAGCACUAAGGACUAUGGAGAUCCCAGGAAACGAGAACUCGGGUCAUAGUGAUGAAAAUCUAGACAUGGGAGCACAUGAAGAGCUUGUACAGGGUAUUCAGCCACUGGAGACCCCAUCUGAUGUCUCUGCAGGUCAAAAUGAUGCUAAGAUUUCAUGUAACACAGAACAAACCGAAGAUCAGUGCCAAAGAAAUAUGCCAGAAGCUGCAGUGCAGGAAAUAUGUGACCAUAUAAAUACAGGACCAGUCAAGUGGAACACGUCAAACUGGUCUCUGUGGGGAGAUGUGUCCACACCUAGGGACUGUCUUCAUGCCGGACAGCAGAGCAGUGGAGUGUUUUUAAAGGCAGAAAUUGCUGCACAGGUGUCCGCAGCGGUAUCUACAGCCCUUGCCAAAUUUCCCAGAAUUCAGGGGAAGCGUAAGAGGAAAGUUAAAAAUUCAGAUAAUAAGGUAUCCGUUCCAGGUGCUGAUUCUCAGGUUCCUCAUAUAUCUGAGGAUGAGGAGGAAUCUCAUUUUGAAGGUAUAGUACAGGAUCCUCUAAUUAUACUAAAGGCCACUCUUGGACCUUAUGACUCAUAUGGUACCACGUAG